GUCUCGAACACAAUUUUCUCACUUAUUGUUAUUAAAGACAAUAACUUAAUCUUCUAAUCAUGUCAACCUCUUGUCACAAAGUUCCUCCAGUUAAAAGUAAUUAUGUACCUCUUGGAACUAUUGAAAAAUUUAACGAUCUUGAUGUUUAUGUUUCAAAACCAACAAAUGGAUCGAAACCUUUUAAAAAAGCAGUUGUCGUUGGUUACGAUAUUUUUGGAUUUCAUCCAAAUGUAAAACAAUUUUGCGACCUUUUAACGAAGGCUGGAUAUCUUGUUGUACUUCCAGAUUAUUUUCGUGGAAAAACGGCUCCAAUUGUGUCUCAAGGAGUUCAGGCUUUAAUCGAUUUUGUUUUAAAAACUUUUCCACCAGAAGUAAUCAUAAAAGAUACUUUAAGCGUUACUAAUCAUCUCAAAUCGGAAUUUGGUUCUAAAGAUUUUGGUUAUACGGGAUUUUGUUGGGGCGGAAUUAUGGGUUCAAAACUUUGCGCAAUUAAAGAAUUCAAUGCUUGUGUAUUAGUUCAUUAUGGCCCUCUUCAAGUGGAUGAUUUUAAAAAAUCCCAAUGUCCUAUUGCGUUCUUACCUUCGUCUGAAGAUCAAGAUUCUCAACCUUUUGUUGAUGCUAUGAAAGAUAAACCAUUCGCUAAUAAGAAUUUUCAAAAACGAUUUGUUGAUAUGGUUCAUGGAUUUGCUGCUUCUCGUGGAGAUUGGAGCGAUCCAUUAAUUUCACAAAGGGUUAACGAAGUUAUUGAAAUCACUGGCAAAUUUUUCCGUGAUAAUGUUGGCUGUAAUUAAAUUACUAUUUCCAGUAUCCGAUUAUGUUUUUAUAUUUGAAUAUGCUAUUUUUAUACCUUCCAACUUUCCUUAUGUAAAAUUUACUUUUUAGCAAUAAAAACAAUAAAACUAUUAUAGCCUUUAUUACAACCAUUACGAACACGAUGUGUAUACUGU